AAAUUUUGACCGGGUUCAACACCAGUGCCCCACUAAGCGCGGCUCAAGCUGCUUGGAAAUUUUGGGACCCGCGCAGUGGAAGAAGCCGUAGAGCUCCACAUCUAUCAACGAUCGAGAGAAAGUCACUUCGAACGACGGCGUAGCUCUUGGGAGAAGAGGCAACGGACGGGAGAAAGAAGAGGUCAACCGACCUGCAUAUGGUGCAAUCAGGAACGAUUCACGAGCCAUAAUCGACUUCAGCCGGGGCACAUCAACCGUCGAGAAACCCCCCCUCCGAUUUCGACAACACCCACCUUGAAACCGAACCCGAAGUCGAAGUCCAAGUCCACAAAAUGGCCCGAGGCCGCCAAUUCCUCGCGGCGCGGGUCCACGACACGGCCCAAGCCAACCUAGCCAGCCGAGUCGUCGAGGGCAAGCCCAACCCGGUGCCGAUGUGGGUGAAGGCGGUGCGGCACAUCCCGCCGGCCGAGGUGCUCACGCGGCCGUACCCGAUCCAGCACACGGAGCCGAAAGACCGCGGGCGGGCGGCGCAGCGGCCACGCAACCUGUUCCGGCCGACCGCCAUCGUGCACCCGGAGGACGAGCUGCGGCAGAACUUCUACCGCGACCACCCGUGGGAGCUGGCGCGGCCCAAGCUGGUGCUCGAGCUGGACGGGCAGGACGCGCGGCACCGGAACUGGGCCAGGGGGUUGCGGCAGCCGGGGAUGGCGUUGAGUGGUGAGAGCGUCGUGCAACGCCAGCUCUGGCUCAUGGAGGUCCAGGGCGUGUCCAAGGCGCGGGCAUACGAUGUCGCGCGCAAGGAGUUCUACAAGCUGCGGCAACAGGAGGAGAUUGAGCGGAGGAUAGCAGUCGAGGAGGCGCGCAUGUACGGCGCCUACUUUGGCAAGAACAACUUGCAGGUGGGCAUGGAUCUCGAGGACGCUGCAUACGAAGUUUGGAAGAGUUGGGCCGCCAUCGAAAUCAGCAAGCUUGAGGCCGAGCGCACCGCCGCCUAUGCCAACGUUGUUGAUGUGGCGACGGAAGCAGCCGAUGAGGAGGCAGAGGUUGUGUAAGAAAGCGGGAUCCGAGGCCGGGGUUGGGUUCGAGAGCCGUCUGGGCCGGCAGGCUACUCGUGUACACUUGUAUAAAAAUAUUUACGGUAAAAUAGACGCCUGUACACACUUUCGCGGGGCCCAAGCGACGGUUUGAGAUAUCUUU